AGCAUGAGUGGAAGAGUGCAACUUUUCUCAAAGGCAAUGGUUAGCUGGUUCUAUAAAUACUACCUCGAAGACCCCACUAAAGCAGCAUCCUCUUGGAACAUGAUUGUCCUCCCAAGAUUGCUGCUUUAUAUUUCCUUUGGGGAAGGGAAGUAAAGUGAAGGUAGUGUGUCUUGAGUCCUGAGCUGGCCUUCCCAGGAGUAGCUUAAUCUCCAUAGCAUCUAUUGCGAUUUCUCCCUUUUGGUAGAGAGAGACCAAAUUUACCUUUUCACCUUGUGGCAUCUUCCUUUUGGUCCCUUCAAUUUGCUGGAGAGGAGGUGUUUCCGGAGCUUUUCGCCUCUCUUUCUUUCCCCCUGCUUUUGCUCCUUGGAUUGCGGUGGUGGCGUUUUCUCGUGCAAAGUCCUUUUGCAGUGGGAUCUGGUCUUUCCUGGAUUUUUGUUUAAGAUCUUUCUGAGACCUUCAGCUGCUGCAGAUUUUAGUGUGAAGUCUGGUGUUUGGAAGCUCGGUGCGCUCCCCUGAGGGAUCAAAAUUGGAUUUUGGCUUCCUGGUUGUUCUACUUCCAAGAAUCUGGUGCUAAGUUGUUGGCUUAAGCAAUGGAGUCCUUCCAAUCCCUUCCACCAACCAUCAAUUCCCUGACCGCAAUCACGGAGGCAGUGAAGCCGAGGCCGGAAUCUGUCGUCGUGAGCUCCAACAAUUCCACUGACGAGGUUUAUCCUAAAGAAUCCAUUGGCUUUCUUGAAGUCUUCGUUCAUCAAGCCCGCGACAUCCACAACAUCUGCAUCUACCACAAGCAAGAUGUUUAUGCUAAGCUUUGCCUCACCAGCAACCCCGAGGUCACAGUCUCGACUCAGACGAUUAACGGCGGUGGCCGGAACCCUGUCUUCAACCAGACUCUUCGGCUGGAUGUGCGAAACGUCGACUGUUCGCUGAAAUGUGAGAUAUGGAUGCUCAGCAGGGUCAAGAACUAUCUCGAAGACCAGUUGCUCGGAUUUGCUCUGGUGCCCCUUUCAGACCUGCUGCUAGCCAACGGCAAGCUGGUGAAGGAAUUCUCGCUCUCGUCAACUGAUCUCUUCCACUCUCCUGCCGGUUUCGUUCAGUUGUCGCUCUCUUAUGUUGGGGCUUCGCCGGAAGUCAUGGCAAUUCCAGCACCUCCAAAAUCAUCGAUCCCCGAUACUACUUUGCCGGAUGCAGAACAUGAAGACCCAAUUCCUUGUGACUUUGAGAAAAUUGAGUUUCCUGACUUGCAAGUUGACAACGAGAAUCAGCUGAUGGUUUCCGAGUAUUUUGGAAUCCAAUGCACCAGCAUGGAAACUCAGAGCUCAGAUAGCUUUAUAACCGUGGAGAGCGGCAACUGUCCUGAUGAGGAAGCAGGGGUUCGCAUUGUAGAGAGCUUCUCUGCUGCUAAUAGUCAUGAUUCUUCUGUAGCUUUAAAGCAUGACACUCCCGUAAGCAGUUUCUCCACCACUGAGUCACCUGUGGUGCUCCCAGCCACAUCUCAAUCUACCUCCGAUCCAUUGUCAUCCGUAGUGUCUCUGAGCCCGAAAGGUAAAACUUCAGAUGUUAUGGAGGGUGAGGCUGAUUCUUCUGGAGGGACAUCAAAUGGUGCACUCUUGAAGCCUAUUAUCAGCAUAAACAUUGAACCGGAGCAACCAGUUGUUCAGCAGGAUAUUGUCGAUAUGUACAUGAAGAGCAUGCAGCAGUUCACAGAGUCAUUGGCCAAGCUGAAACUUCCUAUGGAUAUCGACAACGAUAAUGCAGCUACAGCAAAUGGUAACUCAGGCUCUACUGCAGAAAAUGGCAGCUCAGGCUCUGACAAGUUGCUGCCAACACCGAAGGGGACUGGUUCUAGAGUUUUUUAUGGAAGCAGGGCUUUCUUCUGAACUUAUGCGCUAAGUAAUAUGGGUGACUCUACCGUUUGCAUUUUAACUAGUCAGUUUAGUUCUAAGCAGUGAACAACAACACCUUUCUGUAUGUUGUCAAGUAUCAUCAGACAAUAAAAGAUGACUUGUUCAGAUGACAAACUCUGUUUUCCCAUAAUUCUAGUGUAUCUGUUGUUGUCUUACUCU